GCGCACCACCUCCUGACGCUUAAAUCACCUAUUCAGAGACAGUCGACUGCACACGGCGGCCUGAUGAAGAGAGGUUACAACUGAAACCUGUUCCUCUACUGUUCUUCUGUUGCUGUUCUUCUUCUUCUUCUUCUUCUUCUUCUACAUUUUGACCCUGGAGAAGUUUCUUAGUUUGAUCUCCAAGGACCACAAGAACUCAACGCAAGAGCUACGGUACAUACCAGUAGACAAUGUGUCAGAAUUUCACGCAACGUUGGAGGAACGUCCACUGCUUCUGCUGCUUUUGACAUCUUCUGAACUUCUUUUCAAGUCAUCCAUUAAAAGGACAGACAGUAAAAAAAGCCAGAGAUCGUCUUUUUUCUUUUUUUUUGAGCUCCCAGAAGCUCCGGAAGCAUGAGCGCUGCAGUGUUCAGUGUGGGACCCGUGUCGUCGGUCCUCAUGCCGCCAUCAAUGGUGCACUCUGGUCGGCCCGAGGUUGGGCACGAGCGAGCCUUCACGCCAAUAUCUGGUGCUUCUUUCACCAAAGCUCGCCACAAACUGAGCCUGUCUCGCCUGAUCGAAGACUUCUUCUGGAUUGGUGGGAGCAUCGUCGCUGGCUCCAAGUGGAAGCUGGGCAUGUUUGUGGAGAAAUGCAUGAGCUCAAUGCAGACAGGGACUCAGAUGGUGAAGCUGCGGGGCGGCUCCAAGGGCCUGGUGCGCUACUUCUACCUGGACGAGCACAAGUCCUGCAUCCGCUGGAGGCCCUCCAGGAAAAACGAGAGGGCUAAAAUCUCCAUCGACUCCAUCCGGGAGGUGUGUGAGGGUAAGCAGUCUGAAAUUUUCCAGCGCUACGCAGAUGGCAGCUUUGACCCCAACUGUUGCUUCAGCAUCUACUAUGGUGAACACAUGGAGUCUCUUGACCUGGUGUCUGGCACGGGCGAGGAGGCACGCACCUGGAUUACUGGCCUUAAGUACCUUAUGGCGGGAAUCAGUGACGAGGACAGUCUGGCCAAACGUCAGCGAACCCGUGAUCAAUGGUUGAAGCACACGUUCACCGAGGCAGAUAAGAACGGAGACGGCAGUCUGAGCAUCAGCGAGGUUUUACAGCUCUUACACAAGCUCAACGUCAACCUGCCCCGACAGAAAGUCAAGCAGAUGUUCAAGGAAGCGGAUACGGAUGAUAACCAGGGAACUCUGGGAUUUGACGAGUUCUGCUCCUUUUAUAAGAUGAUGUCAACUCGACGGGACCUGUACCUGCUGAUGCUGACCUACAGUAACCAUAAAGACCACCUGGACACAGACGACCUGGCACGCUUCCUCGAGAACGAGCAAAAGAUGACGAGGGUCACCAAAGAGCACUGUCUGGAAAUCGUCGCCAAGUUUGAGCCCUGUCCAGAAAACCAGAAACAGGGGGUUCUGGGGAUCGAUGGUUUCACCAGUUACAUGCGAAGUCCAUCUGGAGACAUCUUUAACCCCGAGCACUACGAGGUCAACCAGGAAAUGACCCAGCCUCUCUGCAACUAUUUCAUCGCCUCCUCUCACAACACCUAUCUGAUGGGCGACCAGCUGAUGUCCCAGUCCAGGGUGGACAUGUACGCCUGGGUGCUGCAGGCAGGCUGCAGAUGUGUGGAAGUGGACUGCUGGGAUGGUCAAGACGGGGAGCCAAUUGUGCACCACGGCUACACCCUAACCUCCAAAAUCCUCUUCAAAGACGUCAUUGAAACCAUCAACAAAUAUGCAUUUGUAAAGAACCAGUAUCCAGUGAUCCUCUCCAUAGAGAACCACUGCAGCGUUCCCCAGCAGAAGAAGAUGGCUCAGUAUCUGGUGGAGGUUUUGGGGGAGAAGCUGGAGCUGUCCUCCGUCAGCGCUGAAGAGUCUGGACUCCUGCCCUCGCCUGAAGCCCUCAAAGGCAAAAUCCUCGUCAAGGGUAAAAAGCUGCCCCCGAACAUAGACGAGAACGCAGAGGAGGGUGAUGUGUCAGACGAGGACAGUGCAGAUGAGAUGGAGGAUGACUGCAAGCUGAUGAAUGGAGACACCUCUAUGAACAGGAAGCAGGUGGAGAACGUAGCGAAGAAGAAGCUGGACAGUCUGAUGAAGGAGUCGAAGAUCAGAGACCGCGAGGACCCAGACAGCUUCACCAUCGCCGCUCUGCCUCCGUCUGGCAAACACGACGACAAAGCAGACGCCAAGGGUAAAGGAGAUGACGCGAUGGACACUGGUGACGAGGCCAACCCCAGCAGCAACAAGCGCAUGGGCAGGUCAUUCAUGGGCAGCUUCUCCAAACGCAAGAAAAAGACAAGCAAACUGAAGAAGACGUCGAGUUUUGAGGACACAGACACGGAUCAGGAAAGCUCCAGCAGCGCCUCUAAAGCCCCCUUACACCACAGCAGAAGGAAGAAAACCAUGAAAUUAUCCAGGGCUUUGUCUGACCUGGUGAAGUACACAAAAUCCGUGGCCAUGCAGGACCUGGAGACACAAGGUGGGAGCAGCUGGCUGGUAUCAUCACUGAGUGAGACCAAGGCACACCAACUGAUGCAGCAGAAGCCGGCACAAUUUAUACGCUUCAACCAGCGGCAGCUGUCCCGCGUCUACCCCUCGUCCUACCGAGUGGACUCCAGCAACUUCAAUCCGCAGCCAUUUUGGAACUCCGGCUGCCAUCUGGUGGCUUUGAACUACCAGUCUGAGGGCCGCGUCCUCCAGCUGAACAGAGCCAAGUUCUACACCAACGGCAACUGUGGCUACGUCCUCAAACCCAAGUGCAUGUGUGAAGGUCCCUUCAACCCCAUGCUGGAGGACCCACUGCCUGGGCAGAUGAGGAAACAGCUGGUGCUGAAGAUUAUCAGCGGCCAGCAGUUACCCAAACCCAAAGACUCCAUGCUGGGAGACCGAGGAGAGAUUAUUGAUCCUUUUGUGGAAGUUGAAAUAAUUGGCCUGCCGAUUGACUGCUGCAAGGAACAGACCAGAGUCGUGGACGACAAUGGGUUUAACCCGAUGUGGGAGGAGACGCUGGUCUUCACAGUGCACAUGCCGGAGAUUGCUCUCGUGCGUUUUCUGGUUUGGGAUCACGAUCCCAUCGGUCAAGAUUUCAUCGGCCAAAGGACCCUCGCCUUCAACAGCAUGAUGCCCGGUUACCGUCACGUGUAUUUGGAAGGGAUGGAGGAGGCGUCUAUCUUUGUUCAUGUGGCUGUUAAUGACAUCACUGGUAAGGUACGGGCAGCCAGCGGUAUAAAAGGGCUGUUUCACAGAAACCCAAAGCAGUCUUCUCUGGACAGCCAUGCUGCUGCGCUGCGCGGCCGUAAACCACCCUUUGGCGCCCACCUGCUUCGCCGUACGGCCAGUGCGCCCACCAAGGGCCAACCCAAAGUCAAGCGCGGCUUCCCCGAGAUCUCCAUCGACACCAAAGACUGCAGCUCGGAGGGAGCCAGUGAGGAGCGUGAGUCGGAGGAGGGCCCGGCCGCCCACCCUAACGGGAACGCGGCAGCUUCGGCGGCACAACCGUGGGAGCAUGGCACCAACGGGCAGCUCAACCCAGACGACAGCAAAGACCAUUCCACAGUGCAGAGACCCACUCCUUCUGUGCGCCUCCUGGAAUCCAUAGCUGAAGAAUUUCAGGAGAAAACUCCUUUGACGUCAAUGUGCAGUCCAGCCAAUACCUCACCACGUUGUUCUGAUCACUCCUUAAGUUCGCAUCAGCCAUCUACAGCAAUAACAACGGCUUCAGAGAAGGACAACCAUAGCCCUGUACAAACAAAUAAGGACCUUUUAGAGCUACCUGUCCCUUCCCAGUGUCUCACACCCAAUGUUAGCAGUGGGGAAGACCCCUUUAGCUCUUCCCUUUCCAUGAAUUACCUUGAUAUUGGGAGCAAUAAGCCCCUUGAUUCGGAGCAGGCUGGAGUUGAGCCAGUAAGUCCUGGAAGAAAUAAGGUAGAGGAUGGCACGAGUGUAGUUGAAAAGACGGGUCUAGCUUUAGAGACAGAGGCUACGGCUGAGACGGCCACAGCUCAGAGGGUGCAGGCACUAAAGGCCUUGUUUGACAGGGAUGUAGGGCGAGGCUCCCAGCCUGGUCCUAGGACCCCCAUCCGAAGGACCAAAAGCACCGGGCAGGUGAGAACGGCCAAUGAACCAUCGGUGGUGCCUGAGGUGAUUAUCGAUGCAACCGUCAAUGACCGCCUAUGGGUCAAGCUGGAUCCUGGCAGCCACAGGGACAGCGUGUCAUCCUCCUCCAGCAUCUCAUCCAACGACACUGUGAUCGACCUCUCCUUGCCCAACCUGGCUAGGAAGAGCCUGACAUGCCUUCGAGCUGCAGCCAGGGAUUGCCCGGAAAGCCAGGCCUCGACAGCUGGUUGGACAGUCCGACCUCGUUCAGCAACAACUAUCUGCGUUAGUAAGAGCAAAUCCAACCCCAAUUUGCGCGAUGGGGAGAUGUGUGAACCAGCGGACGAAAUUCAACCUAGGCCUCUGUCCAGCGAGUGCGAUGCUAACCGGCUGAUGCAGCGGCGUCACACUUGGAGCAGGCUGUACAUUGAGGGCUUGAAGCAGUCAUCCACUUCCGCCAAGAGAUCAGCAGCUUCUUUACUGGCGAAAGACCCAGACACUGAAUCCAAGUCCAAGAGCCUGGGCGACCUCACCUCAGACGACAUCGUCUGCAACUUCGACAGCAAGUACCGAAGCAUCAGCCGGAGUUUCAUUACCAGGCCCACCCGUCAGCAGAGGGCGCAAAAGAAGGAGACCCACGAUGACCUGACUGAGCGCUUGAAGCAGUUGACCGAUGUCGAGCCCCUGACAAGUAGUGAUUUUGAAUCUCAGAGGCGCGACUCAGAGGCUGGAUCUUAUGAGCUGGAGGAAGAAGAGACGCCACCAUUGAGGCGGAGCUCCUCACGCAGCCAGAGUCGUGUGAGGUACAUCGCCAACCGUGCGAGGCAGGCUCAGGAGAGGCAGCGGCUACAAGGCCUCUUAAGAUCUUCUGGAAGCCCAAUUGAAGAGCGGGGCAUUCCAGAGGGAGCCUGCAGUGUGGCCCGAAGCCCUUGCACUAAUCUGGACCUCCUAAGUCAGCUUCCACCCGGACCACCCCACCAGAGUCCCCUCAGCCCGGACAAUGAGGUCUUUUUCAUGCUCCGGCUCUGACAGAUUGAGAGCUAUGCCUGACAAUUGAAUUUUGCGGACAAUCCAAGAGACUCUUGUGGUAAUUCUGGUUUUUGAUUUUAGUUCUAGAGACCCCUGUUUAUUGGAAUAUUUUGGUGUUUUCUCUGCUCCUUGCCUGAAUCGUCAAAUCAGCUCAUUCCCAAGCCCUCCCUGACUGACGUGGGAUUGGCAGAGCAGCAAAAACACUAAAAGCCAGAGGUUCUACAGGACUAAUGUUGAGAACAAUUGCAUCAGACACUCUCUGUCUGCCAUUCUUGCGCUAUAAAGUAUCCCAUUAUGAAAAGUGGGCAUUUCAAUUCAUGCAUUUUUGUCUUGUUUUUUUUGAGAGAGAGAAAAUUCUUUGAAUUUUCUGGAAACAUGCUGUAAGGAUCUCAUUUGAAGUUGGCUGUGUUGGACAUCUCUGUCUUGUACACUCCUACUUCAGCAACACUUCUGCAACAAUUUCAGCUUGGCAAUAUGACAUACAGUAUGUUUCCUAAAUACUCGCACAUUCAUUUCAGGCUGGGCUUUUGCCAACUGGUAAUACACUGAACAGGAUGAAGAGUGAGUGAUAGCCUACAUCACAAAGGUCCAACAUACUUAAGGCCGAUUAAUACUUCUGUAUCUAGUCAAUGUGGAGUCUACGGAGUAACCUGUGCCUGUGGCCUAUUGUGGUCAUUGUGGAUGUUUGUACUUGACUGUAUGUCAAUGUGUCUGUAGACUCAGCAACCUGAAAUCUCAACGAAUGGUGCCACGCUCCAUACUCUUUAAAAAUAAAACUACAAUUAAUAAAAUAAGCAGCGUGGAUUACAUUGGAGAGCACUUACAGUAAAUAAACGUGGAGUUCUUUGACAUUCUUUGUCAGCAACUAUCAGAGAGUAAUCCAGCUGAGAAAAACAUUAAGUUUCAUGGCUGGUUUAAGCCUUGUGUAAAACCAGAUUAAACACAUGCCAAGGCCAGCUGCUCUGUCUGUAACCCUGCUGUUAGCAUUUUAGAAGUGUGGGGAUGCGGAAAUACAGUUCUCUGUGGACCAAUCACAGUUGCUGGGGAGCUAUCACUAUGCAUAGGAUGUGUAUAGGCUACACCGCAGAUUUGAUGCAAAAGCAUAAAUUGGCCUUGAGUAUGGAAUACUACAGGUUGUAUAAGUUUAAGGUCUGAAAACAACCUGAAAAAAGCAUUUGGUGCAAAGUCACAUCACAGUAACAAGCUUUCAAGUUUAUUAUCAUAAAUGUAUUUGUUCUUGUUGAAAACUGGAAUGUGAUUGGAAGUCAAAUGUCCUCAAUAAUGAUAAUGAUGAUAACUCAUCUAAAAUUUUGUCAUUUUUGCUGUAGCAAUAGAGAACUAAGACAAAAAUGACCAUUUGUAUGAUUCUCAAUUCCUUGAUUUGAAAUGCUUAGACAUGUUUACUACUGCGUAAUCAAAUACCAAUGCGUCUGAUUGGUGUUGAUAAUGGUGUACGAUUUUUUUUUAUAACAAAAGCAUGGAAUGUAUUUGCUACACUAAUUUAUUUGUUUUUGAGAUGACCUUUUCAAAUGUUUCCUGUUCGUUUUGUCACAUUCCUUCCAUUAUUAGCUGAAAUGCACAAUAGCAACAGCCAUCCGUCCUGUUUUAUCUUGUUUUUUUGUAUUCAUUUAGUCAGGCUUAGGCUUUUAAUAUGUCAGUGUAUGAACUGUAUAAAGUAUUAUCAGCAGGCACAUGUACAAUAGUUGAUCCAUUUUUUUUUUCAGAUUUUCUUGCAUGUCAGUGAUUUAAAUCUCAUUUAAGUUUUAGUUUACAGUCUCAGCCCCACAGGUUGUUGACUUGUCUCUGGUAUGUAACUGUCUUAAGGAAUAAGUUAAUAAGGAAAUAUGUUGAAAACCGAGUCCGCUGAUACAGAGGCUCUUUGAAGAUGCACGACAAGAGGGAAAUAAAUUUCUACAGAGCACAUCUCUCACUUUGUACUGUAAUGUUUGCACUGUCCAACCUGGUAACUUUGCAAGAGUCUGAGAGAAUUUUUAAGUAAAAUCUUAUGUAUAUAGAGAAUAA